AUGCCAACAUUUAAUAUUGGUGAUUUCGCAAAGGAAAAGAAACGUUUACUGCAGCAAAUUGUCAUGAAGAACCGUGGAAUAAAAGGACUUGAGGACGAACUUUGGAAAAACAAAACAAAAGAACUGUCCAGAAUGAAAGUGAAAUGCCAACGGCUUGAUGAGAAGGUACUUAAUUUUGUUAUGUUUUGUUAAAUUUAUGCCGUACCAGUCGUUUCGCUGCAAGUUAUUUCUCUACACACACAAAACCCAAUCCUAUUAAACCUAACCCAAAAGCUAAACCAAAACCUGCCCUAAACCUGUUCAUAUAAACCCUACACCUACUCCAAAACCUACCCCAACCUGUCCCUAACUUUAAACCCACCCUAAACCUAUCCCUAAACCCUACACCUACUCCAAAACCUAUCCUAGCCAUAACCUAGUAACCUUAAACCUACCCUAAACCGAACCUUAAACCCUAUACCUACCCACAAAAUCUACCCAAAACUUAUCUCAACCCUAAACCAUUUUGUGUUUAGCAAAAUUACCAAUCUCCUUUAAUUUUGUGCUUCGGCUCAAGAGCCUGUGUUUAACCCAUUAAGCACCAGCGCUCUCCCCUUGACAUGUAAAAUUGUCUGGCGUCUAGCCUCUUUUCCACUCAUGGCAAAAACCACCUCGCAACCUCACUGCGAGUGUUUGCAUCCGAUUAUAAUAAACUGUCGGGUAUUGUGAUUGGAUGAAAGUAUUCGCAGCGAGCUUGCGAGUUGACUUGUGUGAUUAGUGGAAAAGAGCCUUUAGACAACGUAAAAUAAUAAAGUGGGGCGCAAUGCAACUCAAUGGGCUAUACCUCCCGUACUAAACAUGAUAUAAUCAAUUGCGUUUAUGAACUAUAGUUUGUCAAUAUAUAGGUCGAGAAGAUUGUGAAGGAGGUUGAGGGUUUGCAGGAAGUGAAAGAUGAGUUAGAUCAGGAAGCAAAGGGUAGUUCGGAACAUGGUAGUAAUAGCACAGAAAAGAGUAGAUGGAGGAUUCCGACAUAUUCUCAAGAUGGAAAGAUCAGUGUAAGUGCAGCAUUAGCCAGGAAAAGAAGAAAAGCCACAUUCGAGGCAGCUAGAAAAAUUCAUGGAGGAAAGGAUGAGUUAUCAGCACCUGGACCAAUUGGUCUUAUAGAUACUGCAUUAGCUAAAUGCUCAAAAGACAUUUUAGUUAAUAGUAUGUCUUCAAGCACAAAGUUUCUCAAUUAA